ACUGUUCGGCUGUGGGAUGCUGUGACAGGGCAGCCAGUUGGUGAGCCUUUGCGGGGGCACACCGAUUCAGUUAAUUCCGUCUCGUUCUCGCCGGAUGGCACUCGCAUUGUCACUGGUUCAAGGGAUGAGACUGUUCGGCUGUGGGAUGCAGGGACGAGGAAGCCAUUCGGUGAUCCCUUGCGGGGACACACUGAUUCAGUUAAUUCGGUCUCGUUCUCGCCGGACGGCGCUCGCAUCGUCACUGGUUCGGCAGAUAAGACCGUUCGGUUGUGGGAUGCUGUGACAGGGAAGCCAGUCGGUGCGCCCUUGCGGGGGCACACUGAUUCAGUUAAUUCCGUCUCGUUCUCGCCGGACGGUACUCAUAUCGUCACUGGUUCUGCAGAUAAGACUGUUAGGCUGUGGCGUGCAGGGACGACGCAGCCAUCGCUACAGUGCGCUGAGUCAGAUCAUCCAGCAUCCUCAGAUGAACACUGCACAAUCGAGGCCACCAUUCCCAUGACAUUGAACACUCAUGACAAUCACUUCAUUUGCUUCUCGUCCAGCUCUAUCCAUGCGCUCCGAGACACCUCUGAGCUAACGGGGGGAGCAUCCCAUGGCGACCGCACUUCGACCCCCUUUUUCCUGAAUAGUGACAGUGGGUGGGUAGUAGGGCCCGAGCGUCGGCUGUUAUUAUGGGUACCACCCGCUUCCCGACGCCUAUUUUAUAGCCCUGGGACUGUAUUAGUGAUACCCAGAGGAGGUCCUGAGCUUGAUUUGAGCCGCAUGGCACAUGGACAACACUGGCAAAAGUGCCGCGAGGAACCUUGAUACCAACGAUGACCGCAGCAAUGGAUCUAUUGUGGAGAUUUCAGAUACAAUUUAGAUGUGACCUGUUGUGCAGUGGAUCAUACUUUGUAUUCUAUUCUAUGCGCAGCAUCUAGUCCGAGAUUAGGAUUGUCCAUGCGAACGACGUGAGCUGAUUGUAUGG